CUAUCUUCACUCAACGGCUGUGGCGCCAAAUCAGUACAAUGCAAUGAUUGGUUGUCGUUCCAACGCGCGCCUUUAGAAUCAGCCCGAGGGCUUGGACCUUCGAUUUUCGAUAAUCGCACUUCAGCAAUCGAUUGUUUGAGCGAGGGAAUCUUUGUAUGCGAUAAAUAGACCGACACAAUUGUACAACAUGAGCGUAUUAUGACCAUGGUAUUAUGGUAAAAGAUACCAUAUACCGUGGAUGCAAAGUAUGUCGCUUCUAGGCCACACAGCAAAUAUGUCCAAGUCAUAUUUGGAUGGGGAAGAAAGGGAAAUGGAAUGGAGAAAGAAAGUAACGAAGAUGCGAGAGCGGUUGAAAAGUCGCCUUGACGAAAAUACGAUUGAUGGUAAACGUGACGAUAACUUGUUUCACGGUAUGAAAUUGGUCUCGUCAACAACGAUGUUCGGGAAUUUUACGGAAAUUUGUUACUGCGAGGAAACCCAAGAAUAUUUAGUCAUCGAUCCACCAUCAAAUAUGCUGAGAUUUUCAGUGCAAGCUAAACUUAUUCAACCCUCGUACCCACUCAGCAGUACGAUGUUGUUUACUAAACUAUUGUGGUGUCAAAAAGCUAAGGUACUAAUUGGAUAUGUACCAAACGACGAUAUGAUCUGGCUCAUGACUUCGUUCUGCAUGCUCUACCAAGUCAUUCGUAACGAAUUUCGAAUAACCGACAUAUUUUACGAGCCUAUGACAAACGAAAUCGUUGUAGCAGGACCCAACAAAGUUACGAGAUUCCCACUAGCGAACAAAGAGUCAACUAUGAAUCCUUGGAAGACAAUGGCUUACAUAGACAGCGAGUAUGGAGCACUUUGGAAAUUGGAAUGCAUGUCGUUGAUUCCAGCGAGUACAUCAAUGACCAGACUGGCUGGCUCAUACAUGACCACUAUUUACGUACUGCCAUUGGAACCUUUGAAAGAAAAGGAAGACAUCGUUCCAGUAAUGUUUCUGGCCCGCAAUCCUGCCGCUACAGAAGCUGCCAUAACAGCACUGCUCUUCCAUGACACAAGCCAGUGGAUUAUAACGGGAGACGAGCAAGGAAAUGUCAUGGGUUGGGACCUUGAAUUGCAUUGCAUAAUGAGCUGUCCUGGUGGUCAUAAGGGAUACGUUCAAAAGAUAGUCGUUCAUCCCUCAAUAUGUGGAUUCAUUACAUGUGGCGAAGACAAUGUGCUCCAAAUAUGGAGCUGCAAUCUAAGAGGAAAGGUCUCGUAA